GACUUAGCCCUGCACUCCAAGCAUAUUGUGAUCAAUGCCCACACAUUAUGGUAAUGUAAUGCUCCUUUUUCUUUCAUGCAUUCCUUCUUGAGGCCGUUUGUGUCCUCUGACAGACUCAGCAAAGCAGUUAAAGGAGAUUCAAGAGGCCCGCGAUUUGGGCAGAUCCAGAAAAGUCAAAACGAGCGCACCUCCGCAGGCUCCAGCGCCAUGUGAUCACACUAUUUUCACCAUCUGCAAAGGUGUGAAGGCUUUUGACCUUUGUUUGAAGCCCAAAAUGCUGGUGACUGGAGGCAUGGACAGACUCAUACGUCUGUGGCACCCACACUUUCCUGGGAAACCUACCGGCAUUUUGAAAGGUCACUCAGCUCCCAUCUUCUUCCUUUGGAUCUCCUCAGAGGACAGUCAGAUUGUCUCUGUCUCUGUAGACUGCACUGUGAAAAUUUGGCACAUUCAGGAUGAGUGCUGCCUUUUCACAGGAGAAUCUAAGGCCAGCAGCAUUUAUGGAGAAAUAUCUGCAUGCCACUAUUCCCCUGCCAUGAAAUCUCUGUACAUUGCUGCAGACAGCAUAGCUGUGCUCAAGCUGAAGCCCAGGUCUUUUUUUGUUUCUCUCAGUUCAACUUUUAGCCCCCUGUUCAAGUAGGCAACACAUACAAUUAAUGGUAAUACAGACCUUCCCUUGUUGGAUUUGACUCUCCACUUCCACUAUUCAAAUGGACAUUUAAGACUUUUACUUAAAGAAAGAGCUUCGCAUUAACGUCGCUCAUUAAUUUAGUUUUGCCUCUCUCCUGUCAGACCACAGCCUCGCCGUCGCUUGACUGAAUCACAUAAUGAACCUGUUUUGUGCUGCUGCUACAGCGAGGAAUUCCGCCAAGUCGUGAGCUGUGGUGAGGGCUCAGUGAGUAAAUGAGUGCAUGGCAGCAUGCUGAGCAACUUAACAAAAAUAAAUAAAUAAAUAAAUAAAUAAAUAAAUAAACGCAAUCUGUUUGUUUGUAAAGGGCGAUUGAUUCUGACUGGUUUGUAGGUGCUGAAGGUUUGGGAC